UUGAAGGCACAUAUCAAGAUGCGUUGCAUUUUAUUUUGGGGCGCAAUUUUGUGGAUGUAUUCAUCUGAAACAAAAGGGCUCCAACAUGUGUUUGUACUGCACGGAAAGGACUUACACUUGGAUGUAGAGAAACCUGUUAAACUUGAGAAAAAGACUGACUUUUUCUGGAAGUUUAAUACCAGUAAUUAUGUUGGUAAAAUCAGUUAUAAUAAAGAGUCAGUAUUGUUUGGCAGCUAUGAAGUAAGAGCUGAUUUUUUUGGCCAAAAUUACUCUUUGGUAUUGAAAAAUGUAAAACACAGUGACAGUGGAGAUUAUACUGCAGUAGUGACUGGGGGAAAAGAGCAAAGGGUAGGUGAAAUCAAGGUCAUAGUCCAAGAUCCAGUGUCUCCAGUUAAUCUGACAUUGACCUCCAGCAGCUCAGACUCCUGUAACCUGACUGUAACCUGCACUAUAGUGGACCUGAACAUCAGCCGUACUUUUAGAUGUGAUGCUCACAACUGCUCUCUGUUGGAAGAAAAUCCCAGCACCACAGACAUGCUUUCCUCUCUGAUUGUUUACCUGCAGCAAGACACUGUCUUUUGUAAUCAUAGCAAUGAAGUAAGCUGGAAAAAUAGCAUGAUGGUGCUAAAAUCUCAAUGUGACACGAAGUCAGGCCACAUAGAUGCCAACAAUACCACCGUGACUGUGUGUGUUGUUGUUGCUGCCAUCAUCAUAAUCCUCGUUAUAGGUUAUAUUCAUCAUCGAACGAAACAUAAAAAUACCAGGGAAACCAUUGAAAACACAGUGUAUGCAGUUCCUGAGGUGCUUUGAACUCAGUCGCUCUGCUGAAUCUUUUGAUGUUCCAGUGUGAACAGUUGCAUCUGGGACGCUGCAAUCUCGCGAUUGCGCCUCCGGCUGAGCCGAUGUCCACAUCGGAUGGGAGGAAAGCAUGGGAGGCGUUGGGUGAGGGCGUAUCAGUAUCAGUGUACGUGUGUGCGUCUGUGUGGGGAUGUGUAUCCUGUGUUCAGCCUGAGAGAGUGUCCUUUCGACUAUUAGGUGAAAAUCAACAGUCCGCAGCCUAUGCAGGUGGCCUUGUGGAAUAGGGCAAGAGAGUCAGUUCGUUCUUGGUAUUGUAUCUCUGGGAAGAAUUGUUGUUGUUCUCCUCGGCAUCAACCUUCAAGCAUUGUCCAGCUGGCGCCGUCGGGGUGGGGGUGUUGUAAAUGUUGUUUUGGGAUGAACAAACUGUAUCAAUUUUACAGUUGUUCUUAAUGUCCAUCACUGGUCUCCUGUUGUAUCAUCUGUUUUAGAACCGUGAGCUCCUCCAAGAUCUUUCCCAUAUUGCGUUCAGUAAGAACAGUCUGAGUACUCACAGCUCUUCCCGCAUUUUCGAUAAUAGCGGCCAGCCUUGUGGGGUUUUGAAAGGCAUUCACCGCUUUCUUCAAUUUCCGAUAAGCCAGGGCCAAGCCAGCUCCGAUCAGCAAGAACCCCGUUAUCACGGUUCCGAACAGGUAGAUGUCUUCAAUGUCCUCAAUAGACAGUCCAACCAGGCACACAACGUGCCACUUCUGCCACUCGUCCAUCGAUUAUCCAGCAGGGAACGUCCCUCCAGGACACUUGGGCUCUCCCGAACCCAGGCUUCUCGUCGAGAAUAGAGUGCCAAUUGCAUUGACAAAUAUCCAGUUAUAAGAACAAGUGACACAAGCAAAUGUCAUAGUUUGGUUACUAACUGGACAACUAGAGGAAGGACAGAAAGGCUAUUAACUAUUAACUGAAACAAACAGCCAAAAAAAAGGCUGUGGCACCCUCCAGCCUUAGAAUAACCCACACUUGAUUGUUCUAUUCAGCUGUCGGAAGCAUGGAAAAACAUGGAAAAAAUAAAAAAGACUCCCCUCACUGGUGAAUCACCAGCACAAAGCAAAACUAACAAUUUCAUCUGAAACUUAAAAGUUAAACAGGGAGGACAGCCAAAAAAACAAAAAACAACAACAAAAAACCCCCCCCCACAGGCCACAAAUCCAACCCAGCAGUACCAUUACAACAUCUUCCCUUCGCCUCCAGGCAGCUGUAGACAGUUUUUCAGUGGAAGAACAUGAAAUGUAGUAUUAAUUUUGGCAGCAGGUAGUUUUAAAAGAAAAGCUUUUGCAUUGAUGAUUUUCUUCGUUCCGAAGGGUCCAGUAUACCUGGGUGAAAGUUCUUAGUGACACAAAAAAUGAGUGACGAAAAUCUUCUGAAAACAGAGACAACUGUUACUUCAACAGAAGGUUGGUAUGGAAGUAAAGAAUGAAAGGAAGAGAGACCAGCUACACCAGAAGUUAGAGCAUUGUGUGCAUAUUCUAUCCAUGUAUAAAACAGCUUCAAACCCUUAAUUUAGUCUUUCAGUUUGGACCUGAUUUGAAAUGAUCUUUUUCAGAAUACAAAUCUACAGUGAAGAUAACGCUGUUGCCUUGUGAUCAAAGUAAGCAGGAGACAAGGUCUGAAGUUAUGUGAGUCAGCAAGGACUGUAACUAACCUGAGGUGGGUUAGGAAACAGUUUUAUUUCUAGCAAAAAUAUUUGUGGGUGUCCUUAUCUAGAGUGGUCCACCAAGUGGCAGGUGAACUUGGCAGUGUGGGCCCAAUGGAUAAUCCAUGAGUGUAUUGAGAAUGACCUAUAGAGUUUGCUAGGAUGGGCUUGAGCUGGAAUCUGGCUCAAUAGAUUAAACAUCUGGUUAAACAAACUUUAUACCUCCCAACGCACAAGAUAGUGACAAAGUGGUCUCUUUAGCUGGUUAACUAGAUUCGGUGGAGAACUGCUGAGACAGCAUCUGAUUGAAUGUUUCAUGAACCAGAGUGUUAGCGAAAUUAAAAUGACCCCAAAACAGUGACUAUCUAGCCUGCCUGGAGUUUAAUCAUUAGAUUUUGCAAGAAUGAUAUACUCCUGUGGCCAGUCUGAUGCUUGCCCCCUUCAUCCAGUGCCUCCAGUCCUCCAGAGCUAUCUUCCCAGCUAAUAGUGCAUGGUCUAAGAUAUAGUAAUUCCUUUAUGUGGAAGACAGACAGUGGGAGAAAAAGACACAGUGGUGGAGUUUAGCUUUAGAGCCAAAUUACCUCAGCCACAAAUUGCUAGUGUAGGUCUAGUGCUGAGUUGAAGACUCUCCCUAAUUCUUGUAAAUUAUUCUUAGCCUCUGAAGUGCACUUGCAGGUCAUUGCACUGUUGAUUAAGAAUAUCUUAAAAGUAUGUGUUGAACACAUUUUAAUAAAAUGUAUUUGGAUAAAAAAAAUUAUUGUAAUUUUCUUUUGCAGUCAUGGAUACAGGUGAUCUUUUGUUAAUCACAGUAAAAUUCCUGCUUAUGUUAAUGGCACUAUUUACAAAUAAAGUCUUUCUAUUAAGUCUGAAGCUAUCUAUAAUUUAUUUUCCAGGUUAUCCGAACAACACCACCCAUGGAACAGAGUCCAAUCAGUGAUACUUCUCCAACAUCCACCUAUAGCUUUGUGAGACCUCACUCUGGACCCAACAGAUCCACUGAGGCCAGAAGCAAAGCUUUGCCCGAGAGCUUGUAUGCCCAGGUAGAAAUUCAUCCCAGAUCCUAAAAUCUCUUCAGAAAGCUUGAAACCUGGAUCCCCCGUAGCCGGUUACCAAGAUUACGUGAAGUACCCUCAGAAGGUCUACUCGAUGAUGUUAAUGCAGCACUACGGAUGAUACCUACAGCCACGCUUACCGAGACUAACAAGCUGAUCUACAAUACGGCAGCAGUGAUCAGUGAGAUGCUUGUGAGACUGCUUUGAACAGCACACGAAGGACCUUCAUCUGGUGGUUCUUCUUCUCCUUUAGUUUGCACCGAAACACUUUCCCUCUGCUUGGAGUGGAUAUAUAAGAUUGUGGGGUGUUUCUGAUUACAGACCUUACGUUUCUAUGGAGAACCACAAGAGUCACACGCAUCGAAAUAAAGAAUUCUGUGCUUAAAUAUUGAAUUGUAGAAUGAAUUCUGCAUUUGU